AUGGCCCUGAUCAAGGUUGACGGCAAGGAAAUCGAGGUCCCGGACCACUACACGCUGUUGCAGGCGUGCGAGGAGGCGGGCGCCGAGAUUCCGCGCUUUUGCUAUCAUGAGCGCCUGUCGAUCGCCGGCAAUUGCCGCAUGUGCCUGGUCGAGGUGAAAGGCGGUCCGCCCAAGCCUGCCGCGUCGUGCGCCAUGGGCGUUCGCGACCUGCGCCCCGGACCCGAAGGCCAGCCGCCGGAGGUGUUCACCAACACACCGAUGGUCAAGAAGGCCCGCGAAGGCGUGAUGGAGUUCCUGCUGAUCAACCAUCCGCUCGACUGCCCGAUCUGCGACCAGGGCGGCGAGUGCGAUCUGCAGGAUCAGGCGAUGGCCUAUGGCAUCGAUUCCUCGCGCUUCCAGGAGAACAAGCGCGCCGUCGAGGACAAAUAUAUCGGCCCGCUCGUCAAGACGAUCAUGACGCGCUGCAUCCACUGCACGCGUUGUGUCCGCUUCACCACCGAAGUGGCCGGCAUUUCCGAACUCGGCCUGAUCGGCCGUGGCGAGGAUGCCGAGAUCACCACCUAUCUCGAACAGGCCAUGACGAGCGAAUUGCAGGGCAAUGUGAUCGAUCUGUGCCCGGUCGGCGCGCUGACAUCGCGCCCCUAUGCGUUCCAGGCCCGUCCGUGGGAACUGACCAAGACCGAGUCGGUCGAUGUCAUGGACGCGGUCGGCUCGGCCAUCCGCGUCGAUACGCGCGGCAAGGAAGUCAAGCGCAUCAUGCCGCGCGUCAACGAAGCGGUGAACGAGGAGUGGAUCUCCGACAAGACGCGCUUCAUCUGGGACGGGCUGCGCACCCAGCGUCUCGACCGCCCCUAUGUGCGCGGCACUGACGGCAAGCUCAAGCCGGCCUCGUGGAGCGAGGCGUUCGGCGCGGUCAAGACGGCGCUUGACGGCAAGUCCGGCGAAGCGGUCGGCGCCAUCGCUGGCGAUCUGGCCGGUGUCGAGGAGAUGUUCGCGCUCAAGACGCUGAUGGAGAGCCUUGGUUCGGCCAACAUCGAUUGCCGCCAGGACGGUGCCGCACUCGAUCCCGCGCGCGGCCGCGCCUCCUACAUCUUCAACGCGACCAUCGACGGCAUCGAGGAUGCCGACGCGAUCCUGAUCGUCGGCGCCAAUCCGCGAUUUGAAGCGUCGGUGCUCAACGCCCGCAUCCGCAAGGCCUGGCGGGCCGCGCCGAUCCCGAUCGGCGUGAUCGGCGACAUGGGCGACUUGCGUUACGACCAUGAGUCGCUGGGCGCGGGUCCCGAAACGCUCAAGGAUCUGGCCGACGGCAACCACAAAUUCGCCUCCAGGCUGAAAAAGGCCAAACGCCCGCUGAUCAUCGUCGGGCAGGGCGCGAUCGCGCGCGGCGAUGGCGCUGCCAUACUCGGACUGGCGGCCAGGCUGGCCGAUCAGGUCGGCGCCGUUUCCGAAGACUGGAACGGCUUUUCGGUGUUGCACACGGCGGCGGCACGUGUCGGCGGGCUCGAUCUGGGCUUCGUACCGGGCGAGGGCGGGCUCGACGCGGCCAGGAUGGUCACCGACACCGAUGUCCUGUUCCUGCUCGGCGCGGACGAACUCGAUCUGCGCAAACGCAAAGACGGCGCGACCACCAUCUACAUCGGCACCCACGGCGACGUCGGCGCACACCAUGCCGACAUCAUCCUGCCGGCUGCCGCCUACACGGAAAAAUCGGCCAUCUAUGUGAACACGGAAGGCCGCGUGCAGGCCACCAACCGCGCCGGGUUCGCGCCGGGCGACGCGCGCGAGGACUGGGCAAUCCUGCGCGCCCUGUCCGAUGUGCUUGGCCACAGGCUGCCGUUCGAUUCGCUUGGCCAGCUGCGCGCCAAGCUUUUCGAGGCGCACCCGCAUUUCGCCGAUGUCGGCGCCAUCGAACCGGGCCUUGCGUCCGAUGUUCAGGCCUUGGCCAAAAAGGGUGGGCGCCUUGGCAAAUCGGCGUUUGCAUCGCCGGUCAAAGACUUCUAUCUGACCAACCCGAUAGCGCGCGCAUCGGCAGUCAUGGCCGAAUGCUCCUCACUGGCGCGCAAGGGUUUUGCGGAAGCUGCGGAAUGA